CACAUUCAUUACGGUUGUCUUUUUGACGUCCCAUCAUGAUUUUUUGUCCAUCCGUUCAAAAUUAAAGUGAAUAAGAACCAUGUACAGGUUUGUUUGCACGCAUCUGUCCAAAUCGCGCAACAUCUCCGGCACGUGCAAGAAAAUCUCGCAAAGUACCAGGUACCAUUUCUCCAACAGCAAGCCAUCGUCAAGUUCGGCGACUCGGGAACGAUCGGAAGAGCCAGAAGACACUAACAACAACGAAACUUCAGCAGAAAAUAGCAAUAGACCAGUAACAUGUCCUGCCAAAUUACAACAUGUUCAUGUCUGUACCAAAACGUUUGGAUUGGGCAACGUUAAAAACGCCAGCCAUUUAGCAGAACAUCCAAAAUUAUAUACAAAUAAUUUUCUGACAGUCAAUCCCCCCGUUCCGAGCAUUUCGAAAAAAUAUUUCCACAUUUAUUCCAUAUCGAAAGACCGCAUCCCAAUCGACGAUCCCGCUAUACCUGUGAAACGCCUCUACUCGGGAUACUCCUAUCGCCAUUUGGGCACCGAUGAACUAGACAAUUACAAGAUGGCCCUGCAUGACUUGCAGCGUAUCAAAUCCCAAAAACUGGAUUCGCAGUGGAGACCGAAGACAUCAGGCAGCUACAAGAGUAGCUCCGCCCAUUCCAGUAGUAUGUGGCUAAAGACUCGUAAAAGACAUACCAGCAAAACUGACAUCAGUUAUCCCACGCACACGAUCAAUCACCACCUAAAACUGAAUAAACGGUACAGAAUAAGAGAAGGCGCGACAGAUUGCCAAGUCGACGUUUUGGAACAAGCGCUGAUCAGCAGUAAAAAAAUGGAAGAGCAGAUGCAGAGAGUGACUCAAUGUUUAGACGCGAAGUACUCCAAGAAAGGGAAAAUGAUUACUAACAAGCCCAAAAGAGAAAAUUUGAUUAAUAUUACAAUUAGCAAGAAGAAAUCUACAAGCAGUGCUAAAGCCAGAAAAAGUCAAAAAAGUCAAGAGAGACCUGAAGUUAGCCCAACCGCACAGUCCUAUAUACAAUAUCACCCCACAAUAAAAAAUGCCAGCAAAGAGGUGAAGAUGAGAUUGAAAAGGAAAUAUGUACAGUUACUGCUUAAACCGUCAAAGCAACAAGGAUUACUAUCAAGUAACUGGAAUCAACCUGAGGUUAAAGAUGAAUUAGAGGAAGAACCAUAUCAAGAUGAUAAUGUUAAAGCUGAAGAAACCAAUGCGGAGGAAGCAAAUUUUUCAGAAUUUGAAAAAGAAGCUGUAGCUCAACCAGCCGAAAUUGUCAUGGCGGAAAUGGAAGACCACGUGGAAUCUGCAAGGUAUCCCCAAAGAGUGUACGUUGAUAUAUCUACUCCGUAUGAGAUAGACAAGGUUUGCCUUAUAACAAAAUCUGAUAAACACAGUUCAGCGGGUAUUUCAGAAGCUCAAAAAGUCUCAAGAAGCGAAAUACUUGACGAGAAUACCGAAGCAAUUCAACCAACCAGCAAUCAACGGGGUCCCAAGGUUCAAAAGGCCCAAAUCAAUUUAGCCAACAUGGAAAAAGACUUGGAAAACACAAAUAAAUUCAUCAAAGAGCUGACAGAUUUAGAGGAUAGAAACUUAGGAUCGCUGGCAGAGCAGGUGCGUAUCAGUAAGAAGAUUGACCAGCUCAUGCAGCAUAGGGAGAAGAUUACGCAAGAACUGAGGUCUCUAAUCGCCGUACCUGGAAAGAAAAACGAAGUUGCCGAGCCACGAAUAAAGCCACCCGAGAAAACGGAAAUAGAACCUCUAGAGUACGAUGAAAUCGAGAACCUCAACUCGGAAGCGGUUAAAAAGAACCAACGGGCAAACCGGUUGAGAAGAAUAAUGGAACAUCAUAGUAUAAUUGAGGAAAGAAACGCCCAGAUGGAACUGCAAAAACCGAAAAUUAAUACGCGGAAAAGUUCCAUAAUGAAGAAUAUUGGGGAACUGUUGGAAAAAAAUAAACGGCGAGAUCAAGUCAAACAGGAACUACUAGAUUUAGAACUGGGCAACAUUAAGCCGCUAAGUCGAUCGGAGGAAGAGAGGAUGAUCCAGAAACAUCCUCAAAUGAAAAGUAUACAAGCCAAGCCCGCCGCCCCUGAGACUACUGAGGCGUCGUCUUAUUUGGAAGAACCGGACGAGGUCGAAGAACUUAACGAAAAGGCAUCGGCCAAAGUGCGCAUGGCGCGUCACCAAAAUAUGCUAAGGAGGCAACAAAUGGAAAUAGAUAAAUUGAAGGAACAGAUGGCGGCUGUAGUGGCCACGCCAACUGUCGAGAAAGAAUCGCCGAAGGGGGAUAAAAAAAUAGCGGUUUUGGUGGAGAAGAACAACAGGGCUGAAAGAGUUAGAGAAAAAAUUGAAAACUUUAACGAUAGUACAACAGGACGAGAAAAGGAGCAUGCUACAAGAGUAACUCGACCACGACAAGAUGUUAAACCAAUGAAGGAAGACUCUAGAGCGGAACCCACAACGGAGAGAUCCGAUGAAAUUACUACAGAAACGGAAAUACACAAAAAGGUACCCGCGUCUAAAAUUGAGGAUACAGUAAAAAAAAUACUGAAUGCAGUGUUGCUGAAUCAAAUAAUACCUCCAGUUAAGAGUGAAUUACAACAAGAGGACGUAGAAAAAGAAUCUGAAGAAAAAUUGUGUAGCUUGGCGAAUGAAAAUAUGAAAUCAUCGAAAGAUAAAAAAAACGACAAAAUAAAACGUAUAGAAGAACCAACUAAAAACCAGACUCAAGAUAGCCAAAAUGGAACCCAUAACAGCCCACAAAAAGAAGCAAUAAGUCCAAAGCAACAAAAAGAACCAGUGUGCAGUAUUCCAACUUUAAAGGAAAAAGACCCGUCUGAAGACGACGAAGAUUUGGAUGUCGUACUAGUCCGCGACAGAGAAAAUCAGAAUAAAGAAGUUACGGCUAAAGAAAGGCCAAAAGAAGUACCAUCUCAUGAUCUAAAAGAAAAAACAAGUACCAACCAAGAAACCCUUCAAUGUCGUUAUCAAAAAUUACUGUCGGAACUGGGAAUUAAAAAUAUUAACGGCAUUGUUCCAGUUGAUGUUGCCAAAGAACUAGAACCGAUUCCCAUUAAAACUAAAAAAGAAAUUCAGCCUGUGUGUGAAACAACAGGUAUCAUGAUCAAUCCUAACCUAACUCAACAGGAAUAUAAGUCGGAUAUGAACCAGAACAAAAACUCUGUAAUUCAGUUGAAAUCUUCGAAAGAAACUGGAACGGUUAAAGAAGAAAAUAUAAAAGAUUUAAUAAUACAACCUAACCUUGAGGCGAAAGAUAUUACGAAAAUUGACCCCAAAAAAGCGGAUUUAAGCGUUAAUAUUACAGACGCUAUCAAAACUGUAAUGCUUGAUGACACCCUCCACACAGUAGAAAAACUUAACGAAACACCAUUAAAAUACUAUGUAAGCACGAAUAACGCCAUAGAAAAAACAACCGAAAAACCUCUAGAAUGUCGUGUGGAAAUAGGAGCUCCUAACUCUAUAUUCUCGGGCAAAAAUGUAUCAGGAAAAACAACCGAAAACCCGUUAGAAUGUCGCGUGGAUAACUUGAUAUCCACAUGCAAAAAAGUGCCAGAAAUACUGACUAUCAGCAACAUAAACGAAACAGUUAUGAAAGAGUACUUUAUGGAAAAAAUAUUACCGGGGACGUUUGAAACGAUCUACCUACCGAAAAGCGAGGUGGUGGUGAAUUUUAAAAACGAACCGAUGGAAGCGAAAACGUACAUCGGACAUGCGCAAUGUCCUGUAAAUGAUAAUAAAGGUAGUAGCAUAAAUGAAUCUAAGAAUGUAGAAGAUAAAAUUAAAAAGAAAGUCAUUAAGCUAAAAGACGGAAUAUCAGAGUUGUAUACAAGGGUGAAGAGGAAAAGUUCCAGAGAAAUGACGAUGAAACAAUUUGAAAUGAGUGCCGGCGAUUCGGAACAAAAAGCAGACAAAGCAAAGGACAACGAAAACGUAAAGAUGAACGAAGGAAUUAACAUAAAAAAUAUAGAGAAAAGCUGUGAGAACAAAACUCAGACCGAGGUACUGGAUACCAAACCUUCAAGCACUUCUUCGAAACAAAGUUAUCCAAAAAACAGUGUAUCCAGGUUAGGAAAUAAAAUUAGGGUACCACCUCCUGUACGACCUCCCUCCGGUAAAGACAAGGAAAAACGCAAAAAAGACAAGCCGAAAGGUAAAAAAGACAUGGUGUUGCCACCGAAAAGAAAAGAUGGAGAUACAGGUGCCGUUUUGUCCGGGAAAUCAUAUAAACCGGAGAGCUCUAAAAAUUCAGAAAAAAAUACUGCUGAAAAGAUAUCAGGACUAGAAGGAAAUAAACUAAUAAAGUCUACAAAUGAUUUACAACAAACAAAGGGGACUUUGGAAGUACAAAGGGAUACCACCGUUGGACAGACGUCCAAAACAGAACCACAAAAGAAAGAUUCCUCAAAAACCGUGGUCGCUACCUCUGAAAAGAUUGAUAAAAUGGAAGAAAAGAAACCGCUUAAAUCUUUAGAUAACUAUAAAUACGAAGAAGAAAAAUCCGAAACACAAAGAGAUGUUGUCCUUCCUAAUAAAUUAAGUCUCAAUUCAGUGGCGCCACAAGCAUCGCAACAAGUACACGAGCUUAAAACGAAUGUUACUAAUACUGGAAGGAUAUUGAAUUUACAAGAAAAUAAACCAAUUUCAGGUGAAUAUAAACACGAAAAAGAUAAAUUCAAAGAACAAAAGAAUAUUGCUACUCAUCCAUUAAGAGCUUCAGAGAAGACGUCUCAUCAGGGAUAUAGUGCCAAAUCAAGUGGUACUGAUGUUGAAAGAGCAUUUAAUUUGGGAGAAAAUAAAUCCACGAAAUCUCUAGAUAUUAUUCCUCCUCUAGGUGCUUCAGAGAAGAAAUCUCAUCUGGGAUAUAGCGCCAAGUCAAGUGGUACCGACAUUGAAAGACCAUCUAAUUUCGGAGAAAAUAAUUCCACGAAAUCUCUAGGUAUUGUUCCUUCUCUAGGUGCUUCAGAGAAGACAUCUCAUCAGGGAUAUAGUGCCAAGUCAAGUGGUACGGAUGUUGAAAGAGCAUCUAAUUUCGGAGAAAAUAAAUCCACGAAAUCUCGAGAUAUUGUUCCUCCUCUAGGUGCUUCAGAGAAGAAAUCUCAUCUGGGAUGUAGCGCCAAGUCAUGUGGUACCGACACUGAAAGGCCAUCUAGUUUCGGAGAAAAUAAAUCCACGAAAUCUCUAGGUUUUGCUCCUUCUCUAGGUGCUUCAGAGAAGACAUCUAAUCAGGGAUAUAGCGCCAAGUCAAGUGGUACUGAUGCUGAAAGAGCAUCUAAUUUGGGAGAAAAUAAAUCCACGAAAUCUCUAGAUAUUGUUCCUUCUCUAGGUGCUUCAGAGAAGAAAUCUCAUCAGGGAUAUAGCGCCAAGUCAAAUGGUACCGACACUGAAAGAGCAUCUAAUUUCGGAGAAAAUAAAUCCACGAAAUCUCUAGGUUUUGCUCCUCCUCUAGGUGCUUCAGAGAAGACAUCUCAUCAGGGAUAUAGCGCCAAGUCAAGUGGUACCGACACUGAGAGAGCAUCUAAUUAUGGAGAAAAUAAAUCCACGAAAUCUCUAGGUAUUUUCCUCCUCUAGGUGCU